AUGGAGGACGGCAAGAUGGUCUGGGACGAUUACUUCGGGCGCCAGCAUGGAUUUGAGUUUCUGAUGGAGUUGGAGAGGCGAUUCCCUGGAGUCACGGUGGAGAGGAUCUAUGCGAGGCGGUCAAUUAGGUUGUUCGGUCUUGCAGAGAAGAGGGCAGAGGUGCGGAAGAUGAUCCUGGAAAAGGUCGCCGAGAGGCGGCGCAGGAAUGUGCACACGAUUGUCCUCAGCGGUCAGCUUUCCGACGCCCUCUCAAAGGACAAGGAUGGCUUCGCCGCGAUGGAGAAGGCCGUCGGAGAAGGCAAUGUCAACCUCGAUCUCUGGGAAUCUCGCCUAACCGUUAGCGGCGACAUGGACACCGUCACUACUGUCAAGGACAUGUUGCAUGACUUCCGCCAGAACCACAACUUCCUUGCCGUAUGGGAUCGCUCACCCGAUGUCUGCCCUGCAUGUUUCACGGAUGCAUCGUCGCCCAUCAAGCUGCCCUGCGGCCAUACAUGGUGCCGGACAUGUUUACAGAGGUACCUAAAGGUGGCAACGGAGAAACGGACCGCAUUCCCUCUGAAGUGCCACGGCAUCGACAAGAAAUGCGGCGAGGGUAUCCCCCUCCUGACGGCACGCGAGAUUCUCGCGGUCAGCGACUUCGACGCACUCAUCGAGGCUGCCUUCGCAGCGCACGUGCAGACGCACGCCGACGAGUUCCACUACUGUCCGACACCGGACUGCAGCCAGAUCUACCGCUCUACGCCAGAGGGCAUUUCCAUGCAGUGCCCCGAGUGUCUCGUCCAAGUCUGCACUGCCUGCCACACUGAGGCCCACGACGGACUGACAUGCGCCGAAUCGCGCGAUGGUGACGACCUGUUCAGGGAGUGGGCAUCCAAGCACGACAUUAAGCAGUGCCCUAACUGCAAAAUGGCGAUCGAAAAGGACGACGGAUGCAACCAUAUGGUGUGCGCGGUGUGCAAGACUCAUGUGUGCUGGGUCUGCCUGCAGACGUUCCCGAAUGGGGCUGGCAUCUAUGGGCAUAUGCGUGCCGAGCAUGGCAGUUGGGGCCUGGGACCGAUUAUAUAA